CGUUGUGUACGCACUUGUCUCUCGGCGCUCUCCGAAACGCAAAAGCUCUCACCAGUUUACGUUUAGAUUCGCGCAACAAAUAAGUUCGUCAGUUCGCCUAGUGUAGCCCAAAAGUGAGAGCGAGCGAGAGAGCAGACACAGCCGCUGAAUUUCGUUAAUCAACGCCUUGCCAAAAUGUCACAAGCGCUAACCGCCAACACGCGUUGCCGUUCCCGUUCCCGUUGCCGUUGCCGUUGCGCCGCCAUUGAAAUGGCGCUAAUAAUCUGGUCGUGCCUCGGCGGGCUGUCAAUGUGGCUGCCAUUGGUGGCAGCUGGCUCGUGCCGGGAGGCGCAGCUUUGCUGCAAUGGCCGUGACUCCUCGUGUGUGGUCCAGAAGGCGCCCAUCAAUGCCAUCAUUGAGGAUCUGAGCGAUAAGCCCUGCUAUUGUGAUCAUGCCUGCCUCAAGCUCGGCGACUGUUGUGAUGACUUCAAGGAUCAUUGUGGAGUGCUGGACUGCCAGGUGGGCGAGUGGCAGGGCUGGAGCGAGUGCGAUAAGAGCUGCGGCGCUGGCAUGAUGCAGCGCACGCGCCAAAUUCUGCAAGCGGCACAAAACGGCGGCAAGCACUGCCCCACGCUUGUCCAGAAGCGCGCCUGUCAGGGCUAUCGCUGUCAUGGACAUCGUGAUAAGAAGAUUUUGCGCGAAAUGGCUCUGCUGCUGCCCGCUUCACUCUCCUCGCACAGUCGCCAUGUCAACGAUAGCAGCGACCAGAGACGCCGCUCGCAUUAUCGUGAUUCCUAUAAAUUCAAUCGGGAGCAUGAAUACUGCGUUGAGUUUGAGGUUAUCAAGUCAUCCAAGGCCUGCCACAAGCUCCCACCCUACAAUCUAAUGCUCGAAGGCGACCGCAUAACUGUGCGCUGUGACCUCGAGGCGCUCGUUCAGGACAAGGACAAGGACAAGGAGAAGGAGAAUGCUGCCAAGCCGACGGACAAAAUGCUAAUGGGCCAGAGCUAUUUGACGGAGCAGGGUGUGGCCAAGCAAACGCUUAAGGACAAACCGGAGCUGGAGCAGGAGCCGGAGCUGGAGCUGGAGAGCGGCGAGUCGGAGAGCAGCGAGCCAGACGCUGAUGACAACAACGAUGACGAUGAGCAGGAUAAUGAAGAGGAGGAUGCUGACAAUAUGCUGGAACAGCCAGCGGAUACGGAUUCGCAUCGUUCCCAUCAUGCUCGCUCUGUUACAUUUGGCAAACACAGCGGCAGCUCCAGCUCCAGCUCCAACCCCAACUUUAAUCCUCCAGCGUUACUGCAGCAAUUCAACUAUCAUUGCCGUGGCGAGGGUCUAGCCGGACGCACGACUCGUUGGAGCGCCUUGCCGGCGCCCUCGUGUCGCGGCAAGUGGCUCCGCCUCACCGUCGGUCCACCCAAGAAAUGCAACCAUGCACAAUUUACAUUCGUCUAAGUAGCUAAUGGAUGCCCGCCCCCUCCCCCUCCAUCAUAAUAUGCCAUGCCACUGAAAUUCUUUUUUUUUUUCUUAACAUCAUAGUAGAAUGCUCAUGCAUAAUUAUGUGUAUACCCAAGCGUAUUUGGAUUAGUCAGUAAGCCAGUCCGUUAGCGACACACACACACACAUACACACACACGCAAGUCAGAGAGUGUGGACAGAUCUGUUUCUGAUUCGUUUUCUCAACAACUUGAUUGCAAAUCUCCCAUUGGAAUUCGUUUUUCAAAUCUAUGAGCAAAAUCUGUCUGAUUAUGAAUCAGAAGAACUAAAAGUCACCUUUUCUAUCUUUAAAGAAAAUUUCAAUAUGUCAUUUAUUUAU